AUGAGUAAGUGUGUUAAUUGCUAAUAAAGAUCUGGUGAAUAUAUUUGUAUCCAGCCAGAAUGUGUUAAAAUUCAAGGUAAUUAAAUGCUUUGUUUCUAAUGCUAUUGUUAAUCACAUUCAAAACAUACACCCAAAAAUUUUUCAGAAGUUUACUCAUUAGCAACAGAUAAUUCUAAAAAGUAAAUCCAAUCCUUGGAAUAAAUGAUAGAAAAAAAUACUAAAGAAUUAAUCUAACUUGAAUAGUUUCUAGAUAAUUAGAAUCAAACAUACAUAGCCUGGAAUGAUUAACAGAAAAAAUCAAUAAAAGAAUGUAUAGAAUAACAAAAUAAUAAACUCUAAUCAAAAAUCAAAGAGGCAAAAUAGAUAUUAUAAUAAUAAAAUCUUGAUUCAAUUUUGAAUUAUUGCUUGAUUAAUGCGAAUUAAUAGGAAGUAGACUAUUAAAAAGCACAAGAAUAAUCUAAUAUUGAAAGAUAAUUCCAAAUUAAUGAAAUCACAGCAAGAAUUAAUUUUAUAAAAGACUUAAAAUUUUCCUUAUCUGAUUUAUCAAAUAUAUUUGUUAAUACGCCUUUACCAAGUAUUCCUAAGGCUCAAGAAAAAUCAUUCGUGAAAUAUUAAUAAUGUAAUAUUCAUCAAAAACCUUAAAAGUAUCUUUGUAUGCAUAAUGAUUGUAUCUCAUAGAAAUCAACAUUUCCUUUUUAUUGCAAAAGCUGCUUUUUAAUUUAACAUAAUUAACAUAAUUACAAGAUAUAUGCUAAGAAAUAUAAGUUUAUCAAGUAAGAAUAAGAUGAAAAGACUUAAUUAAUAACUUAAGAAUAAGAAAAAAUCAAGUCAUAUAUGUAAUAAGAAUUUAAUAAAAACUGUGAGUUGAUUUAGAAACAACUAUCAGAAAAAAUGAAGAAAUAUGAUUAAAUUAAAAGUAAUAUGUUAAAAAUAAAGGAAUAAUCAUUAGAAAAUUUAAAUAAAUUAAUUAACUUUAAGUUCAUUUAAAAUAAUAUUAAUGCAAGUUUACUUAGUAAAAACAUCUAAGAAAUUAAGUAAGGAUAUUCUAUAGAAUAUAAACGCUUUUGUUAAAAAAUGUCUAUUGACCUUUAAAGUGAAUCAAGAGAAAUAUUUGCUUUCACUGCAAAAUUAGAUUAGAAAUAUGAAAAAGAAUAAAAUGAAAUCAGUCUUUUUCAUUAAGAACUCAAAUCUAAAAAAGAAGAAAUUGAUUAAUAGAAAAAUGAACUUAAGUUAAAAAGUGAAGAAAUUGUUAAAUUGAAAAACUAACUUAAAUCUAAAAAUGAAGAGGUUUAUAGAUUGGAAAACUAACUUAGAUCUAAAAAUGAAGAAAUUAAUAAAUUGGAAAAUUAACUUAACUUAAAUAAAUAAAUUAAUUCCGAUUACUAUAAUUGUUUUGAAUAAUUAUAAUACUUACCAAAUUCCCAAAUAUAUAUUCAAAAAUUGAUUGAUGAAUUAGCCAAAAAUAUAAAAGAAAAGAUAAAUAGUUGGAUUGUUAUAAGUAUGGUGGAUAGAUAGUUUUUAAGAUAAUUUGAGAAUAAUUUUAAAGAUAUCAAAACUUAAAUUACUGCAGCUUAACGCAAUAUCGAAAAUAUAGUUAAUAAAUUUCAGUAAAUUUCCAAUAGCUAAGCAAAAUACCUACCAAAUAAUUAUGUAAUUCAAUAAUACAAUUUAUAUAAUAAUACAGUUAAUCCAUAUUAGGUAUAUGCAGUUGAUUAAAUGAAAAAAAAUUAAAUUUCAUAUAAAUCACCGAGUUACUAUCAAAUUUCUUAUUCAGGAAACCCAGAUGGAAAAUGA